UACAUUACAAGUUUUGAGAACAAAGACACGAAGUCCUGCUUUCAAACUGAAAAUGUGUUCUCUCGAAUUAUGGCAGUAAAGUUCCCCCAUACACCUUCCUCUGGAUCAGAUCCAUCAUCCUCCGUUGUAGCCCCGCCCUUCUCCGUUGCUACGCAGUGACGUCAUAGACAUCGAACAUGGCGGCUGAGCUGAAGGCGGAAGCGGGACACGGCACGUGGACGUCCAUCCUGUGAGACCCGUCGCCAUGAGCAACAAGGAGAUGGUUUCCACGGAGACAGGUCAGUGCCAUCCACCUGCAGAGAAUAAAGGCCAGAGGAAGGUGUUUGUUCCCAACAAGCUGCUGGAGUGUCUGCCCCGCUCGGCCUGCCUGCCUAACGAGCGUCUGAGGUGGAACACUAACGAGGAGAUCGCCUCCUACCUGAUAUCCUUUGACAGACACGACGAGUGGCUCUGCUGCUCCCUGAAGACCAGGCCGAAGAACGGCAGCAUCAUCCUCUACAACAGGAAGAAGGUGAAGUACAGGAAGGAUGGCUACUGCUGGAAGAAAAGGAAGGAUGGGAAGACGACAAGAGAGGACCACAUGAAGCUGAAGGUCCAGGGCUUGGAGUGCCUCUACGGCUGCUACGUCCAUUCCUCCAUCGUGCCAACAUUCCACAGACGAUGCUACUGGCUGCUGCAGAACCCAGACAUCGUGCUGGUCCACUACCUGAACGUGCCGUCGCCAGAGGAUUCUGGGAGAUGCAGUCCUUUGCUGUGCACGGUGUCGGACCGCCACGACACCCUGAGGUGGAGCCGGGACGACCUUCUGGGCCAGCUGAAGCCCAUGUUCCACAGCAUCAAGUGCUCCAUGGGUUCUGGGGAAUUCAGCAUUGAAGAACUGGUGCAGCACAUCCUGGACCGGCAGAGAACCAAACCACAGCCCCGUACACACGCCUGCCUCUGCAGCACCAACCAAGUGUCACCAGGAGUGAACAUUCCCCACCGCUGCAACAGCACCAAGCAUCGGAUCAUCUCCCCCAAGCUGCCGCCGUCCUCCUCUGGACCCGCCGCCUCCCCUCCGUCCUCAGAACCAGGAGAGUCAGGGAGAGGAGGAGGAGGAGAGAGCAAGAUGCCUCAGCUGCAGCCUCAGAGCCCCGCGUCUUCCUCCAGCCCUUCAUCCACUUCAGGCUCAUCGCCGCCCCGAACGCACAAGGCCGCCAUCGCUGUUCGUAACCAAGGCAACGGUUUCUACCACGACCGCCACAGCAACUUGGCCGCCGUGGCGCUGCCUCAGAACGCGGUCAUUGUCAUGGCGACAGCCGCUACCCUACCAGGGGGGAGGGAGGGCGGGGGCGCUCCGCCAGAGGAGGCGGGGUCGAGGAGGAGCUUCGGGUCGCUGCUGCUCUCCCCCCCCCUUCCUCCCCCUCCUGGUAAACCCCCCUCUCCCUCCCCGCCCUCCCCCACUGCCCCCGCCCCCAUCCAGACCACCCUCUCCCUCACCCUCCUGCCCUCCCCAGUCAUCGGGGGGCUCCUCCUCACCCCCUCCUCCUCCCACCAGUCUCCCCCCCCCCCCUGCCGCCUCCCCUCCGUCUCCCCAUUCCUUCCCACCUCCCCCACCCCUUCCCCCGCCUUUGACCCCGACUCCUUCCUGAACUCCCCCAAACAGGGUGAGACCUAUGGGGGCCCCCCCCCCAUGUGCUCCCCCUCCAUCCGGACCUCCUCCCCCCUCCCUCACCCGUCCCUCUCUCUCUCCCUGUCCCCCACCACCUCCACCCCGGCCUCCUCGGUCUCCCCCCCCUCCUCCCUCUCCUCCUUGUCCACCUCCCCCUCCUCCUCCACUUCCCCUCCCUUGUCGGGCCCCCCCCCCUCGCUUGCCCUCUCCCUCUCUCCCACCUCCUCCGUGGCGCCGCCCGUCCUGCCGCUCUGCCUGGAGCUGGGCGCGCUGGGGGAGUGUGACGGGGUGAAGGAGGAGUCCCACUCUGAGGAAGAGGAGCUGGAAGAAACUGAUGAUGAUGAUGAUGAAGGCAGAGCCCCGCCCACCAAGCUGGUCCUGCUUCAGACAAGCCACGCCCCCUCCAGCCCGUCUCCUAGGCAACACCCAGACAGCGGCUCCGCCCCCCUCCUGCUGGCCUGCCAUGACGGGUCAGGCGAACCGUCCCGGCCCACCAAUCAGAUUCCAGCACCGCCUGAAGGGCAGCAGCCAAUGGUCCUGCCGUCGUCCAAUCGGCUGCCCGGACCUGAAGCUCCGCCCCCUGCUGAGAGUUUCCAUCAGCCCAUGGAGCUGCCGGCAGCUGUUGCCAUGGAGACGGCCUCCCUAGCAACGGCCCAGGUGAAGGAGGAGAGGAGGCGGCGCUACGACUCCGAGGACGCCUGCAUGGACAGCCAGGAGGAGGCGGAGCCUGAGGAGCUGGACAUCUCCUUCGACAGCCAGUUCCCCGACCUGAUCUCUGACCUCAUCACCGAGGAGCCGGGCCCCACCGCGGCCCCCCCGGCUCCGGCCGCGUUCCCCACCGGCGUCCGCUACGUGGUUCCGCCGCAGCCGUCGCCGUCCUCCUCCUUCCUGCCGUUCCCCCAGCCGCUGCCCGCCGCUGCCCGCCUGGCCGCCAUCACAGACUUCUCCCCAGAGUGGUCCUACCCAGAGGGCGGAGUGAAGGUUCUGAUCACCGGGCCGUGGAGCGAGCCGUCGGGUCGGUACUCCUGCGUGUUCGAUCAGAGCGCCGUCCCCGCUUCCCUCAUCCAGACCGGGGUUCUGCGCUGCUACUGCCCAGCCCAUGAGGCCGGCCUGGUGUGUCUGCAGGUUCUGGAGUCCGGCGGGUCGGUGUCGUCGUCGGUUCUGUUCGAGUACAGAGCGAGGAACGCCAGCUCUCUGCCCAGUUCCCAGCUGGACUGGCUCUCAUUGGACGACAACCAGUUCAGGAUGUCCAUCCUGGAGCGGCUGGAGCAGAUGGAGCGCCGGAUGGCGGAGAUGGCGGCUCGGGAUGGCCAUCAUCAUCAUCAUCAGCAGCAGCAGAGUGGGAACCAGCUGGCCACGCCCCCUCCUCUACCUGACGACCAGCAGCAGUGUUCCCAGUGGUUUGAGAGGAGGAUCGUUGGUGUGUGUGAGCGGAUGAUGAGAGGAGCGUGUUGGGGAGGAAGAGGAGAGAGUCUUCAUCACCCGCCAGGUCACCGUGGCAUGACGUUGCUGCACCUGGCGGCUGCCCAGGGCUACACCCACCUGAUCCACACCCUGAUCCACUGGAGGGCGAUGAGCAGCGACAGUCUGGACCUGGAACAGGAAGUGGACCCCUUGAACGUCGACCACUUCUCCUGCACGCCGCUGAUGUGGGCGUGCGCUCUGGGCCACCAGAGGGCAGCAGAGCUGCUGUACAGCUGGAACGGCCUGGCGCUGGGGAUCCCCGACUCGCUGGGCCGCCUGCCGCUCGCCGUGGCGCGCUCCCGCGGCCACACCCGCCUCGCCACCGCGCUGGAGGAGCUGCACACGCUGCACGCUCAGGCGGCCACCAGGGACGGCCCGCCGCCGUCCCCUCUGUCCACCAGCCUGGACACAGGUCUCAGCUCCUCCAGCAGUCUCCCCUCACCCAGCGACCCGUCCUCGCCGUCCCCCAGCUCCGCCUACUCCAGUGGCCCCGCCCCCAUGGACACCUCCCCCUCGUCUCCAUCAUCGCUCUCCUCUUCCUCACUGCCCGUCUCUCCUCCGUCUCCGUCCUUCACACAGUCCACCGUUCCCUCGGAGGAGCCUAACCGGACCGUCAGCACAGGUAACCCAGGUUUAACCGCCAGCGGCUCCAGAGACCUGAUGGACUACAACAACGCCCCGCCCACAGACACGCCCCCUCAGAGCGCCGGGCGGCGGGCGCUGCUGGAGGAGCAGCUGCUGCGGUACGGCGAGAACGCCGAGAACGAAGGAGAGGAGGAGUACCUGGAGGACGAGGUGCUGCAGCAGGUGGACAUGGCGACGCUGGCGGAGCAGAUCAUCGAGGCGACGCCGGAGCGAAUCAAACAAGAGGAUUUCCCCCUGGGGGCGGAGUCUCCGCUCAGAGAAAGGCGGGACAACCCGGCCAUCCAGGACACAUGGUUGGCCACUUACCUGGAGACGGUGGACAGCCAGUCCCCGCCCAGGCGGGUCUGCCCCCCCUCGCCGCUCAGCGCUCUGGCUCUUCAGAGGCUCCGCCCCCCAUCGUCCGCGGCGUGGGCGGAGUUCCUGAACGCGUCGGCCAAUGGGAAGAUGGAGAGAGACUUCGCUCUGCUGACGCUGACAGACGGCGAGCAGAGGGAGCUGUACGAGGCCGCCCGCAUCAUCCAGAACGCCUUCCGCCGAUACAAGGGUCGAAGGUUAAAGGAGCAGCAGGACAUGGCGGCCGCCGUCAUCCAGAGGUGCUACAGGAAGUACAAACAGCUAACAUGGAUAGCUCUGAAGUACGCGCUCUACAAGAAGAUGACCCAGGCGGCCAUCUUGAUCCAGUCCAAGUUCCGGUCGUACUACGAGCAGAAGCGGUUCCAGCAGAGCCGGCGGGCCGCCGUGCUGAUCCAGCAGUACUACCGCAGCUACAAGGAGUACGAGAGGCUGAAGCAGGCGCCACGAGGGGGCGCCGCACUCAACCCCAAGAGCAGGGGGUCGUUCCUGACCAAGAAGCAGGACCAGGCGGCCAGGAAGAUCAUGAGGUUCCUGCGGCGCUGUAGACACAGGAUCAAAGAGCUGAAGCAGAGCAGGGAGCUGGAGCGGAGAGGACUGACCACGUAGAGGGACAGGAGGAGGACAGAGACGUGUCGUCCUGUCCCUCAGCGUCUCCUGAUGGUCUGCAGCUUCUGGCCGGUCAGGACUCCCAGCGCUCCGUCUGGUUCUGGUCUUUGUGGACCGGCGCCUGCGUCGGAACGGCGCCUGACAGACGCAGCGCGGGGCGCAUCCGGCCCAUCGGCUCUGCUAGCUCUCCUGCUAGCGCUGCUCUGAAGUACUGACCUUUGACCUUUCAGACAAAUCACAGCUUCUUCUAUUUAAACCCAUAAUAGAGAGUAGAGCUUCUAUUUAUUACAGCAUGAACUGUGUGUCGGCGUGUGUGUGUGUAUAUAUGUGUGUGUGUAGGGGUGUCGGCGUGUGUGUGUGUAUGUAGGUGUGUGUGUGUGUGUAUGUAUGUGUGUGUGUGUGUGUGUGUGUAUGUGUGGGUGUGUGUGUGUGUUUUGCACUGACUGAAGUCUAGCCCCUCUUUACCUCCCAGUUGCUUUUGUAAAUCCAGCUGCCAGACAGAGACUGAAGGAAGCAUGUCUGGACCAGAACCAGAUCCUGAUCCUGGUUCUGGUUCUGGUUCUGUUCAGUCCGGCCUGCAGCCUCCAGUCUCUGUUCUUCAGCCGUUGCAGUGAAUCUUUUUGCACGACUUCCUGUUUCCUGGUUGUUCUGAAAACGAGACGUGAAGUUCUGACAAUAAAUCAUCUGAUUGUUCCUCAA